AUGGUUUUGAUUAAAGCUUUGAUUGUGGUGGCUAUUUUUGCUGCUAUCACCACGACCACCCCUAUUGAAAAGAGACAUGACAAGUACAUUGCUUACCCAGUUGAACAGGUUGAAGAUUCAUCUAUUCUUGGAAAGAGAUACGAGCACAACGACAUGUAUGGUUUUGGUGGACUCGGUUCGAGAUACCUUACAAAAUUGAAAGUUGGUUCCAGCAAGCAAGAAGUUCAGGUCAUUGUUGAUACCGGAAGUUGGGCAUUGAAUUUCCCCCACGUUGGUGGUAAAUGUUUAGGAAAGACAUGUCUGCCUGAGGAUUCAUUUGAUCCAAGCAAGUCUAAUUCAUACAAAAACCUCACCAAGUACAGUAGUUCCGGGUAUGGAGGCGGAGGUGCAAAAGCUAAUGGAUACAAGCUGACUGAUGAUUUGUACUUUGAUGAUGGUAAAAAGAUCCCAAAUUUUGAAUUCACUUUGCUUGAUUCAGUUGCGUUUCCAAGAGGGAUUUUUGGUAUUUCGCCAUACAAUAAUCCAAACGUGUCAUAUGCCUUGGCUGCUAAAAAGGCUGGGCUCAUUAACCAAGCUGGAUUUUCGCUCUAUGCUGGACCAGAUGACAAAGGAGCUUUGCUCCUAGGUGGUGUUGACAAGGCAAAAUAUGAAGGUGAGUUGGCGCUCUACAAGAGCACUUUAUCCGUCCCCGCUAAGUCGAUCACCUUAGCUAAUGGUACUGUCAUUAACUUUGCAAGUGUCUUGGCCUUAGAUACAGGUGAUGCCGGUUUGGGUUUAGAUCCAGAAAUCACCGAAAAGUUGUUCAAAGAAGUUAGUGACGAGAGCGGCAAGCUUUCCUGUGACAUUGCUCUAAGUGGGAAUAAGACUUUGACAUUUGACCUCGGAAAGAAUGUCUCGAUUGAUGUACCUUACUCAGAUGUCUUUUACUGGAAUGCUGAUAAGACUAAAUGCACUUCGCGUAUUGUAUCAUCUGGCAAGCACGGAGCAACUCAAAAUGUGGGUGUACCACUCAUCAAACAUAUCUAUCUUACCCACAAUUUGGAUACGGGAAUACUUGGAGUAGCCCCGGUGAAGCACACUGAUGAAAGUGAUAUUGUUGACUUCUGGUUCUAG